AUGGAAUACCCUGAGUUGACUCGGCGGGUAGGCUACUGUCCUGAUAUAGAAUUGGCAUAUCAAUUCAUGAGUGGACUUGAGUUGGUCACCUUCUUCACCACGUUAAGUGGAUACGACAAAUCAGAAGUGGAGUCUCGAAGUCUACAGGUAUUAGAAACGGUGGACAUGCUAUCGGCAAAGGACCGACCUAUCGGUUCUUAUAGCAAGGGUAUGCGGCAGCGUAUCAAACUCGCGCAAGCAUUGGUACAUGAACCGGAACUCCUAUUUCUUGACGAACCACUCACCGGUUUAGACCCGAAUGGAAGACGGCACGUUCUUGCGUUAUUGAAAGACCUUGCCGACAAAGGCAUUAGCAUCAUUGUUUCAAGUCAUAUCCUCUACGAGAUUGAAGCAUUAACAGAGACGAUUCUGCUCAUUCAUCAAGGACGUAUCCUUGCUGAAGGCACCAUCUCCGAUAUUCGAGAACUGAUUGACGAACACCCACACAAGUUUAUUUAA